AUGAGAUCCUUUGCUUUUUUUGCUGGCAUAGCCAUUGCUCAGGCUGCCUCGGCGCCUACGAGCAGCGAGGAUGCGAGUGCGUACUCGUAUUGGCAACCUGGAGGGCCCGGCGAUUUUCGAGGCCCUUGCCCAAUGAUGAACACACUCGCAAAUCACUACUUCCUACCUCACGAUGGAAAGAACCUUACUCGAGAGGUCGUCACCAAAGCCUUGCAAGAUGCUCUGCACUUCGAGCCUUCCUUGACGGAGAUCAUGUUCGAGCAGGCCUUGCCGGCAAACCCUCUUCCCAACGCUACUUGGUUCGAUCUAAAUCAACUGAAUGUCCACGCUGUACUAGAGCACGAUGCCAGUCUAAGCCGCUCCGACGCCUACUUCGGCAACAACCACGUCUUCAACCAGACCGUCUUCGACGAAAGCAAGAAAUACUGGAUCGACGACCCCAUCACCGCCGACCAGUUGACCAACAGCAAAGUGGCCCGCCAGCUGCAAUCGCGAGCAGGGAAUCCAACCUACAACUUCAGCUCGACGGUAGAUAACUUCAGCCGAGGCGAGAUCCUCGCUCCGAUUGUGGCUUUCGGUGACAAGGUUGCCGCGACGACGAACAGGACGUUCACGGUGCAUUUCUUCGAGAACGAGCACCUUCCCAUCCACCUCGGUUGGCACCGACCCACCGAUCCAGUCACCCUCGAGGACGUCACUAAGCUGUCGGAGAUCCUCGCCAAGUCGCAGACAUUGUUGACGGACAGUGUCAGCGAGCAGCAAGGGACGCAGAAUACCACUCAUGGAGAGACGGAGGAGGAUACUUGUGGAAAGAAGAAGAUGAUCAGAAGAGGUGUUGGACACUUCGGCAUUUCUUGA